AUGCUGCCUCCCGGGCGCAAUGGCACCGCGUACUGGGCUCGGUUCAGGAUGCAGCAGCAAAUGGUUCAGGGGGGCGCCUUGGGCGGCUCAGCUGGGGCCGCGCCCCUGGGGCCAGUGCAGGUGGUCACCGCGGGCCUCCUGACACUCCUCAUUGUCUGGACCCUGUUUGGCAACGUGCUGGUCUGCGCUGCCAUCGUGCGCAGUCGCCACCUGCGUGCGAAGAUGACCAACGUUUUCAUCGUGUCUCUGGCAGUGUCCGACCUCUUCGUGGCACUGCUGGUCAUGCCCUGGAAGGCAGUCGCCGAGGUGGCUGGUUACUGGCCUUUUGGGGCAUUCUGCGACGUCUGGGUGGCCUUUGAUAUCAUGUGCUCUACGGCCUCCAUCCUGAACUUGUGCAUCAUCAGUGUGGACCGCUACUGGGCCAUAUCCAGGCCCUUCCGCUAUGAGCGCAAGAUGACCCAGACCGUGGCCUUAGUCAUGGUGGGUCUGGCUUGGACCUUGUCCAUCCUCAUCUCCUUCAUUCCAGUCCAGUUCAAYUGGCACAGAGACAAUUCGGGCUCCCGGGGCCAGGAGGACCUUCCAUCCAACCUGGCCAAUGGGACGCCCUGGGAGGAAGCCGGGGAGCCCAAUGCGAGGGCAGAGAACUGUGAUUCCAGCCUGAACCGAGCCUACGCCAUCUCCUCCUCGAUCAUCAGCUUCUACAUCCCUGUGGCCAUCAUGAUUGUGACCUACACGCGCAUCUACCGUAUAGCGCAGGUGCAGAUCCGCAGGAUCUCCUCCUUGGAGAGGGCCGCUGAGCAUGCGCAGAGCUGCCGGAGCAGAGCCCCAGGAGAACCCGACACCAACCUGCGGGCUUCCAUCAAGAAGGAGACCAAGGUCCUCAAGACCCUGUCUGUGAUCAUGGGGGUGUUCGUGUGCUGCUGGCUGCCCUUCUUCAUCCUCAACUGCAUGGUUCCCUUUUGCAACGGGGACCCGCAGGCCGGCUUCCCCUGCGUCAGCGAGACCACCUUCGAUGUCUUUGUCUGGUUUGGCUGGGCCAACUCCUCACUCAACCCUAUUAUCUACGCCUUCAACGCUGACUUCCGGAAGGUGUUCGCACAGCUGCUGGGGUGCAGUCACCUCUGCUCCCGCACGCGUGUGGAGACGGUGAACAUCAGCAAUGAGCUCAUCUCCUACAACCAAGACACGGUCUUCCACAAGGAGAUUGUAGGGCCCUAUAUCCAUAUGAUUCCCAACGCGGUGGCGCCCGGAGACAGGCAGGUGGACAACGAGGAGGAGGAGGAGGAGGGCCCUUUAGAUCACUUAUCCGGGACCUUUCAGACGCCCCCAGAUGGUGAUCCUGCUGGCGACCUGGACUGUGAGGGGGAGAUUUCGUUAGGCAAAAUAACACCCUUCACCCCAAAUGGAUUGCCUGAAACUGCAUAG